GCAUGGUGUUAAGCAAAUGAGAACAGGAUGGGCAGAUGGACCAGAAUUUAUCACUCAGUGCCCGAUUAGACCAGGAAAGAGUUACACUUACCGUUUUACCAUUCAAGAACAAGAAGGGACUCUUUGGUGGCACGCCCACAGCUCGUGGCUUAGGGCUACUGUUUAUGGAGCUUUAAUUAUCAAUCCAAAAGAAGGAGAAAUCUAUCCAUUUCCGAAGCCCAAAAGAGAAACACCAAUUCUGCUUGGUGAGUGGUGGAAUACGAACCCUAUUGACGUUGUAAGACAAGCAACAAGAACAGGAGCAGCUCCUAAUCUAUCUGAUGCAUACACCAUCAAUUCUCAACCAGGUGACCUCUACAAAUGUUCCAGUCAAGAUACCACCGUAGUUCAUAUAGACUCUGGCGAAACCAACCUCCUUCGUGUUAUCAACACUGCACUGAACCAGCAGCUUUUCUUUGCUGUGGCCAAUCACAAACUUACUGUUGUUGGAGCAGAUGCCUCUUAUGUUAAACCCUUCACAACAUCAGUCCUUAUGCUUGGACCAGGCCAGACAACUGAUGUCCUGAUCAAAGCUGAUCAACAACCAGCUCGAUAUUACAUGGCAGCACGUGCCUAUGCUAGUGCUCAAGGCGCCCCCUUUGAUGAUACCACAACCACAGCCAUCCUUGAGUACAACACAGCUUCUUGUUCUUCGAACUGUGUCAAGACCAAACCGGUUUUCCCAUCUUUACCAGAAUAUAAUGACACAGCCACUGCCACAGCUUUCACAACCAAAUUCAGAAGCCCAAGAAAGGUUGAGGUUCCCAAGGAAAUCGAUGAAAAUCUGUUCUUCACAGUUGGGCUGGGACUCGAGAACUGCCCAAGAGGUGCACCCUCCAGUUACUGUCAAGGUCCAAGUGGAACUCGAUUCACAGCGAGUAUGAACAAUGUAUCUUUUGUGCUACCAUCCAAUAAUUCCCUGCUACAAGCACAUUACCAAGGCAUACCUGGUGUUUUCUCAACUGAUUUCCCAGCUGUGCCACCUGUAAAAUUUGAUUAUACCGGCAACGUAAGCCAGUCUUUAUGGCAACCUAUUCGGGGGACUAAGCUGUACAAACUGAAAUAUGGGGCAAGAGUGCAAGUUGUGCUACAGGGGACUAGUAUCUUUUCAGCUGAGAACCACCCAAUACAUCUUCACGGAUAUGAUUUCUACAUCAUUGCAGAAGGUUUUGGUAACUUCAAUCCAAAAACAGAUACAUCUAAAUUCAAUCUUAUUGAUCCACCUCUUAGAAAUACAGCAAGUGUACCCGUUAACGGAUGGACAGUCAUCAGAUUUGUCGCGAACAAUCCAGGAGUGUGGCUAAUGCACUGUCAUUUGGAUGUUCACAUUACAUGGGGCUUGGCCAUGGCGUUCCUCGUAGAAAACGGAGUUUGUGAAUUAGAAUCAUUGGAAGCUCCUCCAGUAGAUUUGCCUGUCUGUUGA